AUGGUGUCCCCUCCAGUUUUGGACAGUGUAAUCGUAGGUGCAGGCUUUGCAGGCCUGCACACGCUUUGGAAACUGAAGGAGCUCGGUUUUUCCACGAAAGUCUUGGAAAUGGGUCCCGACGUUGGGGGAACGUGGUAUUGGAACCGCUACCCGGGAGCCAGGGUAGACAGCGACAUCCCGAUGUAUCAACUACCCGUGGAAAAAGUUUGGUCAAGUUUCGAGUGGAGCGAACGCUUCCCAAAAAGAGAUGAAAUUCUAUCAUAUUUCCAUCAUUUUGUGGAAACCCUGGAUUUAAAAAGGAACAUCGAGUUCAACUCCUGCGUCGUUUCGGCCACUUUUGACGAGUCCCGCCAUCUCUGGGAAGUUAAAACAUCGACCGGAAGUAUAACUCUGGCAACCCAUUUGAUCUUAUGUGUAGGAUCUUCCUGUCGAAAAUACAUUCCAAAUUUUCCCGGGUUAAAUAAAUUUAAAGGCAGGAUUUAUCACUCGGCCGAAUGGCCCGAAAACCCGGUUGAACUCGAGGGAAAACGUGUCUCCGUCGUGGGGACGGGUGCCUCUGGGGUACAAAUUAUUCAAGAGGUUGGACCCAUCGUGGAUCAUCUCACGGUAUAUCAACGUACCCCAAACCUCGCCUUGCCAAUGCAACAGACUAAAUCUCGCGAUGCUCUCUUCGCACAAAAAUCCAAGUAUGGCGAUUUGUUUAAAAAGAUGCGGACCACUUUUAGCGGGAUGAAUGUUGACUUUAUCCCAAAAAAGUUUGAAGACACAACCCUAGAAGAAAGACGGGAAAUGUACGAAAAUUGUUUUCGCCUUGGCGGAUUAAACUUUAGCUUGGCGAAUUUUGCCGAAAUGUUCUUUGACCAGAAAGUCAACGACGAAGUCUAUGCGUUCUGGGCGGAAAAAGUGAGAAAAAGAGUAACAAAUGAGACAAAACGAGACUUACUCGCUCCCCUCGUGCAACCACACCCAUUCGGAACGAAACGCCCAUCUCUCGAGCAGUCUUAUUACGAAGUUUGCAGUCAAGAUAAUGUCGACAUUAUCAAUGUUAAGGAGUCGCCCAUCGUAGAAAUUACCCCGACCGGAAUCAAAACUGCGGACGGGGGGCACAUUGAGACAGACGUUAUCGUUCUCGCGACAGGAUUUGAUGCCUACACGGGGGGAAUGCUGGAAAUUUCGAUCCAAAAUGGGGUGGGAUUUUCUCUUAAGGACAAGUGGGCGGAGGGGACGUCCACGUUUUUGGGGUUGGCCCUCCACGGAUUUCCUAACAUGCAUUUUAUUUAUGGACCGCAAGCUCCCACAGCACUUUCGAAUGGGCCGAGCUGUAUUGAAAUUCAGACCGAGUGGUUGGCGGAAUUGUUGGUAUUCAUGAAGGCGGGUGGGAAGACGAGGGUGGAAGCAGAUAAGGAAGCUGAGGACGUUUGGGUCGGACAAGUUAAGCAGAUUUGGGACAGUAGCCUUUUUUUCAAAGCAGAAUCGUGGUAUCAAGGUGCCAAUAUUCCGGGGAAGAAGAAGGAACCGUUGAAUUUUGCGGGGGGUAUUCCCGUCUACUUGAAAGCCUUGGAGGACUGCAAGGCCGAGGGGUACAAGGGGUUUAACUUUGCAUGA